AUGAAAAUUGCGGAGAGCACAAUUUUUAUCACGGCAGUUUUAGCUUCUGUUGCUGGUUUUCGUGGAGUUUCAAGGUCACACUCAAGCAGACAUCUUCCCCUCUACAACUACAACAAUCCGUACGCUCAAAGGUAAGCUUAUUACAUAGUGCAGUUUAUUCUUGGUGUGAUAUAAAAAUGACCGUUCUUCCUAAACUUAGUAAGCGUCCCCUUGAAAGUUCUGAGAUGUAAAUUUUACCUGGCUUAAUAUUCAACUCAGUAAAGCAUGUUUUUCAGCUCGUCGUAAACUCAGACGCAUUGAAAAGAGGAUUAAAAUUGUUACGUCUUGCUGUUUUGUAUAAGUUAAAUCGCGAGUUUCCUUAGUUUUCCCAAAAUAGAGAACAAACGUACGAAAAUAUACUAUUUUUCUUGCGGUGACUGAAACGUUUCAGGAGAUAAUUGCUUUCAUAUUGACACCAAGGCGCGAAAAGUCGCACCAAAAUGAAGUGUUUUAACGCCUGCUAGAGUCUAUUUCCUAUAAAAACAAAGAAGGUGCGAGGCAUCUACAGUUCACGCAAACCUUGAAUUCACGCAAUAUCAAACGUGGUGUGGUCAACAUCAUAUGCACAAAGCCUGUCAUAUGUCCUGCAACAUUCUGUCACCUCUAGGGUAGCAUUGCAAGACAUGUAGGGCAUGAAAAAACUGACUUAUGCUUUUUCAUGAAUGGAACUGAUGAGUACAAAAGUGUAUGAUUAUCGCUGGUUAUGACAGAACAAACCCGGCGCCAUAAAUCAUCCGAGUUUCAAUUUCUGGAAACAUUACAGAUUCUGGUUUGUCGUUUUCGGCGUACCUAACUUCCAACCUUUGACACGCGACAGUAAAGUUUCAUUAUUUUCGUGACGAAAGAGGAGAAAAAUGAAUUGUUUAAUACUUGAUAUCCUAGUGACUCGGGGAAAUACGAAAAGAAUAAUUUAACCUAUCACUCUUGUGUCCCGCCAUGUGGCGUAAUCGACUGUAUGGAAUACUGAUAUGAGCCAGCUGAGUCAAGUUUCUGGACGAAAAGAAAAAAAAAAACCGAGAUAAUUCAUAAACAGUCGCUAAAGAGAGAUGACACUAGGAAUUUGACUUUUUGUGACUAUUAUUGUUUUUGCCGGAAAUUUUGUUUUGUUUUGGCUCUAAAAUCAGACGAAAUGGUCAACAGUCUUUGUUCUGGGAAAGUUUGUAUUUGGCGGGAAAACGUCAUCUUUGUGAAGGUCCGCAGGGUCGGAACCAGAAAAUUCAGAUAGCGGUGGCCGGGAAACUUGCCAGCUAUAUGGAUUCUUUUUAUUUCGCUGCCGUAAUUGUAAAAAUAAUACAAAAAUCAACAGAAAAAAGGGGAGAGGGUGGAGGGAGCGCGGCUUUCUCGGCCAUCCUCUAAAUCCUCCCUUGGUCCCGAUGGGGUUCUACAAUCCUGUCAUCCCGAUGGUUAUUCGACAGUAUCCAGCAUCUCAUGCAUACUUUCAAUCCCGAAUCUCGACUCAAUUUUUUUUGCCGUUCCCUGCUCCCCAGUGUCCCCGUUUUAAUAUCUUUCCCUUUGGCUUUUAAAUCCCCAAUCCCUGCCUUCAAAUGAGGCAAGUCCCGGAUCCCAAAAAAACUAUUGAAGACCCGCCUCAAUCAAAGUUGUCACACUGAGCUCUUCCUCAUUCAACUCAAAACUGCAUUCGAUCAUAAAACGGAAAAAGUGAAAUUUUAGAGGCCUAUCGGAGCGCUACGAAUUAGCCAACACAAGGCUCUUGUGGAAUAAUAAGUUAGCAGCUUUUCCCUAGAAAUGCCUGCUGCUCGUAGAAACUAAGAAUUAAGCGAACAGUCCAAAGACCGCAACUCUGGGGCGUUUCAGAUGAACAAACAACAAAUCGCCCCCGCUAACUUUUUAAAAGAAAAUCGGAAGUCACACGGUUAUCUGCACUGUCAGACUCUUGUUAACCACCUAUGUAAUCUGUAGUAGCAACUAAACUAAAAGGAGGGUAAUUACUUGUUGUUAUCUCUUGAAGAUAGAUAAAUUAUGAUAUUAUGACCUCCCUGAAAGUAUCGAUUGCAGAAAGCUACACGGGAUAAGAUAGAUAAGACCACUGACGUCAGGAAAGAAAAGAUAUCUUGUUUCUGUCACUAUUGAUAUCUACCACUACUUUUUACACAUUUUCAUGUAGAUCCUAUACAUAUGACUGAUUCACUUAGAAUUAAUAUCCCUAAUUAAUAAUUUCUGUCUCCACUUAUUCUAAGCGCUUUUUGGGAGUAGAGAAAAUAAAUUUUGGCCGUAAAGUUAGACGUUAGUACAACCUCUUUGUUUUGAGCGCUUAUAAUAGUGACAAACGUUUCUCGCACGAUCUUUCACCCUCUUCAGAAGCUUCUUUGUGUCGUAAACGGAAAAAAAUAAGCGCGCAGGGAACAAUGGGGAGGGGAGUUCCCCUUUCCGUCGUCCACAACGCGCUUACUAAAACCCAGGCGGAGUCUUUGCGGAGAGGAGAGUGCAACCGACUCGUCCUUAGGGUAUUCGAAUUUCCCCGCCUCCUCCCUGUCAUAAUCAGAGAGGAGAAGGGGAAUACAACUCCCCUAUAAAUAAUUUUUAAUGCUGUUGAAGUGAUAAAGUUAUAUAGUAGCCAUUUCUGAAAUCGGUUGCAGCCAACACGGUUUCCAGUCACAAAGGCUGGUACUCGAUCCUUCAAACAAGCUACCGCUGUACAGACGUACCAGUGUCAAGGCAUCAAGUCCUCAAAUACAAAGCCAAGAGCCUAGUACCCAGGCACCACCCCAGACCACCUCGGCCUCUGGCGGACAGUACUGCAUUUACCAGAAGCCCAAGCAAGUGACUUGUAAUGUAGCGCACAUGAAAAGAGUGACCCACCAGUUCAAGUACUAUUGUGGAACACAAUCUCAGCAAAAAGUUUGUACUGGUCACAGGUGUGUUACAAUUAUAACUGAGUUAGACCAUGAACAAACGCAAAAAACAUACGCGCGAAUAAUUUACAGUAAAAUUCGGAAAAUAAGCCCCGGGGCUUAUAUUUUUCAAAGGCCUUUUUUGAGGGGCUUGUUUUUGGAGGGGCUUAUAUUCGGAGGGGCUUAUCUAUGCAGGGAAAUCUGCGUUUCAAAAUCGAUUGGGCUAGCCUUAUAGUUGGAAGGAAAUUUACUGUUUUUGCUUUGUUUUACUUUUUGUAUUUGAGGGCAAUUUCCAAGUACAAGCCCCUGGGGGGCUUAUAUUUGGAGGGGCGGUUUAACGAAGGGUUUUUUGCGUUGCGAGUUUUGGGGGCUUAUAUUUGGAGGGACUUAUUUUCGGAAUUUUACGGCAUUAGUUGAAUUCAAGUUCUACAUGCUAACUUUUUUUUUGGAAAAAGAAGUGAAUGGUUAUUUGUUUGUUUUCGCCACUGUUUCCUGCGCCUAAGACUUGGUUGCACGUUCCAUGACGUGUGACACUGGUUUGACACUUUUUUUUUACAUUUUUGUGGCCCUUGAUUUUCCCGCCUCCAGCUACUCGGGCCGAAGUCACGUAUCGCGUGUGGACGGGAAGCGUUGCGUGACUCGGGCCGAGUGACUGCACAGAAAACAACCUGUCCCGUUCAGAUAGUGGGGUGUGGAGCAAAGUCAAAGGGCGGGUCGUUGUUCCCUGCUCACAUCUCUUCGCGCCGUUCCCGAAAUCUGAACGCCUGGAACAGGUUUCCCCGAAGAAGACAAGUAGAAGGCAUUUGGUUAGCGCUUGAUUGCAUGUCAUGGCCGGUGACACUGGUUGCAUUAUUUCCCGCCCUUUAACACAGUUUGCACAGUUUCUCACGCUAAAAUUAGCAAGUUCUUCCGCGCUUGUAAUUUUUUGUCUUCCCACAGCUUUUGAUGCCUCUAUUGCAUUAUUUGCGUUUGUUUUUGUUGGUAAUAGUAGUGGUUUUGAGUCCAUCUUGGAACCUCCAUGUACGACCAAUUUCCCAAAGCACUACAAACCCCUGCUACAGCCGAAACCUCCCGUUAACGAUCACCUCUCGUAAACGACCGUAACAACUUCUUGGAGCAUCAGUUUUAUAACUUUCCAUCGUUUUAAACCUCAAUUGAAGCAUGGUCUGAAAUCUUAGAUUUUGCUGUAUGCACUACGAUUUUCAUAGUAUACGUAUAGAAAAAACUGCUAGUGACAACAUGGAACUGUGUAUUUCGUAAAUUGCAUGCAAUAAAUUCUCUUGCCAAAUUUAAUAAGUUGAUACCAUUCCUCUACUCAGAAGUUUGGGAGCAAGUCACCGAAAAUCCUUCGCGAAGAAAAUACCCUGAGGAUAAAGAAAAUACCCCGCGCAUAACAAUCCCACCAGCUACGCAGGCUGUACUCGGAAAAAGAGCCCCGUGGAUCUAUUCUCGUAAUCUACCACCUCUCGUGAGCUACCGCUAAAUCUUCGCAUUUGUAGCGUCACUUAUAACAGGUUCGACUGUAUUUUCAGGAUAACCUAUCGUCCGCAGUAUAAAAUAGAGGUGAGAACAGUGAUUACGUCGGUCAAAGACUGUUGUCCCGGCUUCACAGGAAAAGAUUGCAGUCAAGGUGGGUGCUAUUCUAUCAAAGCAGAAACCCAUAAGGGGUUGAAACGUGUAACUCUCACAUGUUUGCUUUGUCCGAUGCUCGUGAUUAUUCAUUUUCAAAAGUACCAUAUUUGGAACGAGAAGAAGUGAUAACUGACCAAUCAAAUUUCAUAAACAACGUGACGUAAUUUUCCUUCAGGUUUCCGCGCUCGCUUAAAAAAAUGGCCGACAAACGGGGGAAAAACUCCUGAAAACCGAGAAAGCUUUCAAAGGUUGAAACCAGGAAUAUUACCGAAACACUGAGCAGGAUAUUAUUGCCUUACCACCCGGGCCAAACGUAACAUUAUGAAACCCAUUGACGGCCUCGCAACUUCUUGAAGUUGUCACUUCAAAAAACGAUGCCUCGUUGACCCUCUGCACAGUAAACUUAUACUGCAAAUAGGCUUUUAAAAUUCUUAUGUUAAAAGUCUAGAAAAAACAGUGAAAAAUAUUUUCGAAUAAAAUUCAUUAGCUGCGUAUCGAAAAGCGUCCAAACCCUGAACCUGACAUCUUCGCAAAAAGUGAUGCUUGUAAUGAAUGUGAGAAGCAUUUUAAAAGCUUAAAUUAAACUUAAAUGUUGUAGUCACGAUCGUGUUUUGCGCUAAUUUUAUGAAUGAACAAACUCAAAACAAUAGACAGAGAAGCCGUUUCUUGAAAAUUUUUAUUCAAAAUCUAAAAAGUUAAUCCUUUAAAACAAUUCGGAAAACACUAUCUCGAUCGUGGAUCCGUUCACGCAAGUGAAAUCGGCUGUGCACAUGGCAAAAUUCAACACAAAAUCCAUCUCAAAUCGGGGCACAUUUUGUAAUUUUUCUUUAGCGCCGAAGAGAAAAAUUUAUAAAACGUCUAUGAAACAUUUAAAAAUACAUAAAUUCCCUUUCAAAAACGUAAUUGUCUUGGCCAUAGAGUGCAAAAUGUACCUGAAAAUUCAGCAAAAACUUAACUGCCUUGGUUGCAUUUCAAAACAGACCAGAGAUCCGUCGCGAAGAAACUCCCCAAGGUUGAAUUCCUCGAAGGACGAUUUCUUGAUGAAAAGCUUCCCUUCCUCCACAAAAAGAAAGCUGAGCAUUCCUUUGAACUUUCUCUUUCCAUUUUUUUGUCUUUUAACGGUAUAUUUUUAAGCCUGAAAUGCAGAACUCUUGUCUUAAAACAUCUGCAUGAUCAUCGCACGGCAGCCAUUGUGUUGAAAAUGGUAUCUGUCACUAUGGUUUCCAAAUAUGGUAAAAGUUAAUAUUCACGAGCAUUGAACGCGAGUUACACGUUUCAACCCCUUAUGGGUUUCUGAUCAAAGUCAGUUCCAACUAAGAUUUUUAUCAUGACUUUCAUUUACAUCAAGCCAUCAACUGGAGUGCUUCUGUUUCAACAGCCUGUUUUAAUUGCACCAAGUUUCUUCUGCUGGAAGCCAGGUUAAAAGCCUUGGAACAGGUUAGUAACUGGUAUGAAGAUCGAAUUUCAAGGGAAAACAUGGAUAAAACUAACAAAAUGAUUAAGUGCCCCGGCGUCGCUCUCGCGUGUCAUUUCGUAUGUCGCUCGCGCGUGACUUCUCGGAGAGCUUGCUCGCCGGUUAACAGACGAGCCAGGUGACUGGCAGGUCACCCGCGUUUAGACUGAAGCUCAGCAUGUACAAAGAUACCGACCAACUGAGGUAGCUCUUCUCUUUUUAAAAGAGUCUGUCACUAUGUCUUUGAGCUCAGCUGAAAAUACAAAUGUAGUUUCAUUUUUUGGGAUGUUCCGUUAGAAGCUGCCUUUUGCUUUGAUUUUCACUUGCUUAUUUAUUGGUUGAUUCAAAUUUGUAGAGAACCAGUAACUGAACUCUUUGAUUUGUGGUGGUUGUUUCGCCGUUUCAAAUUUUAGACCAAACCUUCUACCUCUAGCAUGCAUGCAAUGGACGCCUUGUAACUUACAUAACUUACAGACUCUUUUUCAUGGUCGAAGGUUAAAGAAACCCAUUUUCUGUUUAUUUUUAAAAGAAAAGUCAAAAAGCUCCUGCCGAGGCGAGAGUUCAGGACAGCGAAAUCUCAAGAGGUCCACCAGGACCUCGCGGGCCACCCGGACCCCCCGGGCCCCCCGGCAGACGAGGGGAAACCGGAGAUCCAGGGCCUCCAGGUUUAAACGGAGUCCAAGGUGGGUAGGAUAUCAAUGGAACUUAAAAACGCAUUAACUUUCCUAGUCUGCACUUAAGCGUAGAAAAGCGAAUCUAAAUUGAUUGUUUUUGUCUUUGUUACUUUCAGGGCAAUCACGUGGUUUAAGAGUCCAGAAAGGCCAGAAAGGAGAUCGCGGCGAGCCGGGUACCACAACAGUAGUGACCGGAGACCCGGGACCACCUGGAUCUCCAGGACCCAUUGGACCCCCGGGAUUAAAGGGGGAACUUGGAGAAUCGAUACAAGGACCACGAGGACCCCCUGGACUUCCGGGUCCAGCGGGAGAACCUGGCCGCCCAGCUAUCGGAGCCUCGGUGAGUUUUAAAAAGAUGGUCUUAGUUUUAAGUUAUACUGAAAGGCCUACGCGUAAAUUUACUUGGUCAUCCAGAAAAACGAUCGGGGACGGAUAUUCUCAGAGUUAAUUUUAUAGAGUUAUUUCGUGGAGUUAGAGCUGAUCCUCCAAAAUCGUGAAUUCAAGAUUUUGGAAAGUUAAAAUGCCUUCCGGCCCAGGGGAAAAUGAGCCUCUCCCAUUUACAAAUUUACUUCCUAGCCCCUGCUACGCAGGCUACGCUGGACCAAAUGAUUUUUUUCUGGCGCAGCGUGUUAAUAAAAUUUUAAAAAGUUUAGGCUAAUACGGCGGAAGUAGUGCAUGUUCAAAACUCUGCUUUUUCGCUCUGAAGCCUUUUGAAAAGAUUAUUAUAAUUGUUCUGCAUUGCACUUUUUCUUUCUGAAAUAGCGACAUUCAACAUCAUUUCAAUUUGCUAUUCACAGAGAGCCUACAAAAGUAUUUUUUUGGUAGACAUGACGCGUGGUAACAAAAAGGUCUUUUUGUAUUUUCAGCCUGAAGAUUUAACCGUUCUUAAAGAUCAGAUGAAAAUGCUGUCUGCCAUAGUCAUGGAGUUGGAAGAAAAAAGUAACCAAAACAAAGCAUGAGUUUCUGUUUCUAUUUAAAGAUAGUUAAAGCAGAAUAGUUUUGUUUAUUCAGGCAAAUAUCAGUUAAAAUUCAAAGGCAACAUUUUUUGGAAGGGCCGUCUGGUUAGCUGUGCUGGUUGGAUACCGCUGAGUAGUAUUUCGAGGAUGCUUGAACCAAAUCAUUCAAAAUGGUGGCCUCCCAUGAAUGCUGGGAGGAGAACUAAUGAAAAUGGCGACCUCCCAGUAGGGUGGUUAGACAAACUGGUGCAAAACGGUUUUUGGAGGUGGUAGCAUGAAGCGUGAGGUGGACGCGUGUUUUUGUUAUUUUGUACAAAGAAGACGUUAUGGAACGAGUCUUACAUCUAAAUUGCGCAGCAAAUUGAAUGUUCCUUGGCGUAUUCUUAUGGGUUUUGCCUACUUUCUCCAGGAUGCAACUCCGAUGCGUUAAUUAAGGCCGCGGUACACCGCACUAAGCGACAACUUGUAGCAAAUCAAACUGUUGUUGUGGCGACACGUCGCAGCGACAAAUCGCUCCGUGUGUAGUGGAGAACUGUUGUGAAAAUCUUUGUCUCACAAAUCACUCAGUUUCGGAUUGCUACACCACUAUUAGCAGUUAGAGGUAGUCAGCUAGCAGUUUCCUUCUUGCUGAUUGACUCUGACUUGAUCUUGUUUGCUUAGUUUCCAGGUGCGAGUGCACUGCUGGGAAUCAGCGAGGUGUGGCUAAAAAGAGCGACGCUACAACGUACCCUUCAACCCUACCGAACAUUGAAUCACAGACCACAAAAGCCACCACUUCAGAGCCAUUGUUCGCUCCACCCGCCAGACGUUGA